GUUCGGAUACCCCAUAAGGUAGUGAAAUAUUUAGAUUUCUCAGGCCGUUCUUUUCAGGUGUUUAUGUAGAAGGUGGUUUAAUAUAGUAUCUUCAAUUAUCUAUCUGUUUUCGAAAAGUCUAAAGCCAAGUUACACCUCCAUAAGGAUUUUUCGAAUUUUUCUAUAUUUCAAUUGUGCUUUUCACACUUUAAUUACACUAUGAGCUAGUCAAAACUCGGGUGUAGUUCACCGCUAUCACUAACAUAGUAUUGUAUCAAAUUUUUACAUUUUUCACCCACUUUUUUUUUAUUUUUUUAUAACAAUUUUAAUUUGGUUCUAUAAAAUAGUUUUCGACUGUUUUUUAUCCCAUUUUUCACUCAAUUUUUACUCAAUUUUUCACGAAAUUCUUACUCAAAUCUCACUUUUUUGUGCCUCAAUUAUUUCUCAACUAGAACUGAAUUCUUUUCAGUUUUCAGUUGACUGUUAUUCACCUGUUAUAAUUAAGAAAAUUUUUUAUCGGAUUUUCAUUUCUUGAUUAUAACAAUUGUAAAUCAAUUUUUCAACCUACGCCUAAUUGUUAAACCUCGAAAAUUCAUAAAAUAGCUGGAAUUUGUACUCAAAAGAGGAAUUCUUGCUCAGUAUUUAAAGUUUGAAAAUGGAAAGUAAUAAAAGAUUUUCGAGGUUUAUGCUCAACAGGACGUCAACUGAUGCCGCAAACGAUGACUUUGAAGUCGUCACCUCAUCCUAUGACGUCGACUCUCUAUACGAACCCAAACCCAUCCCCGGACAUAAAUUCAAUAUCACCACUUUCGACCAGUAUGAGCGUAUGUACGGAGAGAGUAUUUCUAAUAGUGACGAGUUUUGGGGUAAGAUAGCAAAGUCAAGUUUACACUGGAUUUCGCCCUAUACUAAGGUGUCUGAGGGCGACUUUGUGGAUAAAAACUACGCCUGGUUCCUGAAUGGGAAGUUGAACGCAUGUUACAAUUGUGUCGACCGUUGGGCUGAAGUAAGACCAGACUCAUUGGCUAUUAUUUACGAAGGCGACGAGCCUGAAGACCAGAGGAAGGUGACAUUUAAUGAGCUGAAGAUGAAUGUGUGUAAAGUGGCUAAUGUGCUUAAAAUGCUCGGUGCUCGCAAGGGCGAUUGCGUUACAAUUUACAUGCCCACAAUUCCAGAACUCUGCUACUCUGUCCUUGCAUGUGCUCGCAUCGGAGCUGUUCAUUCUGUUGUCUUUGGUGGUUUCUCAGCCACUUCACUCGCUGAAAGAAUUCAUGACUCCAAUUCACAUAUCGUCAUAACUGCUGAUGGAGGAAUGAGAGCGACUAAGCAUAUAAAGACUAAGGAUAUAAUGGAUGACGCCUUGACACGUUGUUCAUUUGUAACUCAUUGUCUUGUAUUCCGAAACAUUGGAUCGGACGUGAAAAUGACACCUGGCAGGGAUGUAUGGAUGCAUGAGGCCAUGGAGUCGGUUAGACCAUACUGCCCAGUUGAAACCAUGGACAGUGAAGACGUUUUAUUCAUUCUCUAUACAUCAGGAUCUACCGGUAAACCUAAGGGAUUAGCGCAUACUACGGGAGGAUAUUUGGUAUAUGCAUAUGCGACAGUUAGGUACAUUUUUGAUAGCCAUGAAGGCGACGUGUUCGGGUGCAUGGCAGACGUCGGGUGGAUUACAGGCCAUACGUACGUGGUUUACGGGCCGCUGCUGAACGGCAUAACGACGGUGAUGUUCGGUUCCUUGCCGAAUUAUCCAACCCCAGACCGUUAUUGGAACAUUGUGCAGGAGCACGGGUUGACGCAAUUUUAUACAGCACCAACAGCGAUUAGGAGUCUGAUGAAAUUUGGAGACGAGCCACUGAAGGGACAUAAUUUGAGUAGUUUGAGAGUUUUAGGAAGCGUGGGAGAACCAAUCAACCCAGAGGCGUGGAAGUGGUAUUACAAUGUAGUUGGGAAUGGAAAAGUGGCAGUGGUUGACUCGUACUGGCAAACUGAGACUGGAGGAAUAAUCAUCUCACCGAUCCCAGGAGUGACCUUCACAAAGCCGGGCUCGGCCACUUACCCCUUUUUUGGCAUAGAAUUGGCCAUAAUUGACGCAAAUACGGGCGAGGAGUUGGAGGGGAAUAAUUGUUCGGGACUUUUGUGUAUAAAGAAGCCUUGGCCAGGCAUGUUUAGGACGAUUUUUGGUGACCAUUCGAGAAUCCAUGAGACCUAUUUCCCCACCAAAUACCCCUACUAUUUCACCGGUGACGGAGCGUUUAGAGACAAGCAUGGGUAUAUUUGGAUUUCAGGCCGCAUUGACGACACUAUUAAUGUUUCAGGCCACAGGCUCUGUAGCGCAGAAAUUGAAUAUGCACUGACUCAAGUUGACAUUGUGUCAGAGGCUGCAGUGGUCGGGUACCCGCACGCACUCAAGGGCCAGGGUAUCUUCUGUUUCGUCUCAUUGAAGGAGGCAAGUCUGAGGCUUCCCAAGGAGGAGGUGAUUGGCAGGCUUAAGAUGAGUAUUAGGCACUAUGUGGGCCCUUUCGCAACGCCCGACGUUGUUCUGAUCACGCCCAAUCUUCCGAAAACCAGGAGUGGGAAAAUUAUGCGUAGGAUCCUCAGGAGAUUGGCGUCCAAGAAGUUCCACGACUUCGGCGACGUCUCCACCCUCGCUAACCCUGAAGUUGUACACCAACUCAUCGAGGACGUCAAACAAGUCCAAUAAUUUCAUUUUACACACCUAGUACGAUUUAUAUA